AUGCUCAGCAUCCAGGUCUCCUCGCCGUCCCCCGAGUCGUCCUCGCUGCAGACCACCCCGACUCUCGCGGACCUCAGCAGGAAUGCUUCCGUCAUAUCCUCCAGCAGCAGCUCCAGCUCGGCCUCCGACCUGACUCUCCAGACACCCGUCCGACCGCGCCCGCUGCGCACUUUCUCGUCUCCCCGCACAGGUGUGCGCUCGCGGAGCCCGCAUUCGCCAAGCACACCGCGUUCGUCGCGACCGCCCGCUUACCUGGCACGCGAACUCGGCCUCUCGGACGAGCGAGACGACGGACCCUCGGAGUUGCGGCCGCCGUCCUCGCGCAACCACUCCCAAUCACGCAAUAGCUCUGUUAACGGCCGCAUAGCAACAACCGCAGAUGACUUCGACUUUGGGCGGGUGCUCGGCGAGGGCUCGUACUCAACGGUGAUGCUCGCGAAAUACAGAACGACCCAGCAGGAGUACGCUAUCAAGAUACUCGAUAAGGGCCAUCUCAGGCGCAACGGCAAGCUGCCCACCGCGCUGGCGGAGAAGAACACGCUCGUCAGGCUCGGUGCGGGACACCCGGGCAUCGUGCGGCUGCACUGGGCGUUCCAGGACGAGUGGAGUCUUUACUUUGUGCUGGACCUCGCUAGGAACGGGGAGCUGCAGUCGCGAAUAUCUCGCAUGGGCUCGCUCUCCAUAGAGUGCGCGCGGGUAUAUGCUGCGCAGAUAGUGGAUGCGCUGGGGUAUAUGCACUCGAAGGGCGUUAUCCAUCGGGACCUCAAACCCGAGAACUUGCUAUUGGACGACGCGUUCCGGAUCAAGAUCACGGACUUUGGUACCGGCAAGAUUCUCGACUCCGGAGGCGAGCGCACGAAGACAUUCGUGGGCACGGCGCAAUAUGUAUCUCCGGAGUUGCUCGAGGACAGCGAGACUAGCAAAAGCUCCGACUUCUGGGCCCUGGGCUGCAUUCUCUACCAAAUGAUCUCUGGCCGCUUUGCAUUUCAGGGGCUCUCCGAGUACCUGACAUGGCAAAAGAUCAAGAAGCUCGAAUACACCUUUCCCGAAGGCUUUGAUGACAACGCGAAGGAUUUGGUGCAGAAACUGCUCGUUCGCGAUCCGGCCGAACGGCUAGGCGCCGGUUCUACUGGAAGCAGUACCGACAUGCAGGCGCUCAGAGGACACCCGUUUUUCGCCUCCAUCAACUGGGGUACCCUGUGGACAGAUCCGGUCCCGCCCUUGGAGUCUGGACUACUCAAGAAAGACCCUCCACCAACAGCCAAUGGUAAUAGAUGGGACGACGACGUCGGUGCGUCUUGGGAUGCCCUCGUGGGUGACAGCGACCCAGAGGACGACAUCAGCUGGGCUUCAGAUACGGAAGGCCAGGAAUUUUUCGCGACAGGAGCAAAACCACCGAAUGGGUACGCCUAUUACGAAGAUGAAGGGCCUAUGGGAGAACUACGUCCCUAUGCGUUCCCGCCUGCCAUCGGGCCCAUUACCGACAAAGCAAACUCUCCGAGCUCAAAUUCGCAUGCUGCUGGGAGAGACGAAGGGCCAUCAGUCCAUUUCGCUGACAUCCCGAAGGUGGGCUCGGUCGCCGCAGCUGGCGACAGCAGCACCGUGCUGGCGAAUGGCGCGAGCUCCUCGCAUGACGUCCCGUCGGUCGUGAAGGCACAGCCAAUUGACGUGCCUGCGCCCAAGGGGGCGGUCGUGGACAGUUAUUCGACGGGCUCUGCGACCAGUUCGUCGGACGGCAGUCCCAUCGAGCAACUCGGUGUGGCGCUGGAGGCCGCGGGCAUUGAUAGGGGCCGCAAUCGUGCGCAGACGCCUAUACAGGGCAACCGUCCGCCAGCACCUGUGCAUGUGCCCGAGGGGAUGGGCGAAUUAAUUUCAUUUGUUUACAGGACGUCGCUGCUGCUCCCGCACGAGAGCGUAUUGUUCAACACGACCGUGGAGGCGAGCGCGCCCAGGCGACGUGGAAGCCGCUUACUCGCCAUGGCGGUGACGCCGCGGCGGCUCAAGACGCGGGAGUUGAUACUCACCACGCAUCGGUUGUUGUGCUUGAAGCGCAAGAUCGGACGCGCGGUGCAAGUUCGGACGGAACUUUUUAUGACUCCUUCGUCGGAGAAGGAGAAGGAUGGCCGUCAUAUCAUCUCGAGCGUCGAGCCUAAGGGCGAGCGCGAGUUUGUUGUCAUGACGGUCAGUUGGUCAGCAGGGAAUCCGGUUUGGACGGCUAGUGCUUAUUUUCUUUCUUUGGUGCAGGCCACCAAAUCGCAUAGUUUCCUUGCUGAGAGUCCAUCCAUGGCUAGCAUGUGGAUUCGCAAAAUUCAGGAAGCGCUCGAGACUCACGCGCCCGCAGCAGGCGGCGCGCGGACUCCUUCCACCUCACGUACACGGACGUGAACCCGAUUUCUUGCUUGUUGUACCCGUGUGCGUUGUACGUUUUUGCUGUUUGGGACGGGACGUUGUUCUUCGGACCGCGCACU